UGAACUCAGUAGGUCGGUUACUUAACUCGCUUUAGAUUUAAAUCGUCGAUAGCGCGAACUCGCGGGUUUCAAUCAAUUCGAAUAAAAUAUACUAGUGUAACGUAGUAAACACUCAGAAUUCAUAUUAUCAAUCUAUUUUAGUUAUAGAACAGUUUUGUUCUUUACUUUCGAGCUAUUAAUUUGAAAGAAAAAUACAAAAUACUAAUAUUUAAAAUAUAGGUUUUUAUUUUUAACCGACUUCCAAAAAAGGAGCUGGUUCUCAAUUCGACUAAUAUUGUAUGUUUUUUUAUUUGUUUGUUACGCGAUUACUCCGUCAAUUGUAGACCAAUUUUGAAAAUUAUUUUUUUGUCGGAAGGGGUAUUAUCUUGAGGUGGUCCCAUUGUCACCAUGUCAGGAUCUGAUGAUGGGAUCCCAGGGAAAUCGAGAGCAACUCUAUACUUUAUAGACACCUACAAUAUUUUUCAUGUACUUUCUAAAGCUAUUCAGAUAUUUGCGUUUGGUAGUCAUCAUCUUAUGUUGUUUAACUGAUGAUGGGUGGUACAACUCCUUAACGGUUAGGAGUUAAGAGGUAAUUCCUGAAAUAUUAGGCACGUUUAGAUCGUUAGUAGUUUUUUUCAAGUAAUAUUCAGAUGAGCUGAUGAUGAAGUACAACUCCUUAACGGUUAGGUUUAUAUAGGAAUUAAGGGAUAAUUCUAUCGCAAAAAAGAUUAUGAAAAUUCUUUUUUUGUCACCAAGUCAGAAUCUGGAUCCCAUGAAAAUUGAAGGAAAUCCUAAAAAUUUGUAAUGUAAAUAUAAAAAUAUACUAAAAAUGGAAAAAUAAAUAAAUUUGAAAUAAAAUCAACAGACUUCAAAAAAAAAAAAAAACGUAAAAAAUACAAAAGUAAAAAAUAACAAAAUACAAAUUUAAUCCCAAUCAAAUAAAUUUCAUUUCAUUUUAUAAAAAAUUUAAAUAGUUAUGUAAUCACCUAAAAAAAUACAUAAAAGUUUAAUACUUAUAUUUUUACUAUUUAUUUUAACAUUAAUUAAUUAACUAAAUAUUAAAAAACGGAACAGUAACAUUUCUAAAAAAAAAAAGCUCGUCGUCAGCCAAUCAUGAACCAAUCGCCUUCUCUUCCUUUAACUUGCGCCUCAUGUGAUGUUACUAUCUCAUUCUGCUUCGCAGCUUGUUCGGUUGGUGUAGUUAUGUCGAGUAUUAUACACCACACGCUAUGGCAUGGUGCAGUGCAGGUAAUAGGUACAUACACAUAUAAGUAAAUAAUUAUAAUAUAUUAAUAAUUAUAUAAUUCAAAAUACUUGUACAACGCAAACAGUAAAGCAUAGAUAAUUUACGAAAGUUCAUUGUAUGCGACAAAUCUAUGGAUUGGUAACAGUAACUUGCUUUUCCAGUCAUAUAAAAAUAAUAAAUAUAUUAUUAGAUUGACUUUGACUCCAUAAAUCUCACUCAACACUAUUCUGUUAAUUUAUAAUAAAAAGUGCCAAAAUCUCAACUAUCACCGCACCAUGAUAUAGCGCGCGGAGUGUAACUGUAAAACACGCUGACAGAAAUAUCACGCACACGAGAGUCUUGCUCGUUGUAUAAUGUUUCUGUUGCGUCGCACGCACACAGCCACACAGCAUUCACAGCAACUGAAUCGAGUUGACGUUAUGACGAACACAGUCGGCCGAGUUGCGUGCUACAGUGAUCCGAGCGUAGAUCGCAUUCAUAUCACGGUUGUAACGUAGGUAGCGCCGUAUUGGCUUUAUACGAGUUGAUUCGAAUUGAUAGAAAAGCUAGUUCGAAUUGAGCCGGCGGCAAUGCAGCUCGAGUAACUCGAGUUUUUUGAUUCGAAUCGCCCAUCGCUAUUUUUGGUUAUUCUAUUGUAAUUACUAGCCUUAUACUUACAUUUCUAAGCUUUUCUAUUGUGAUUUUAUAUGAAAUGGUGAUUUAGCUCUUACUGGACUGAUAACGCUUCCUUCAAUAAUCAACUUUUAGCACAUAACUGGACUCCGAUCUAUUUUUGGCUCUUCCGUUCAGGACUUUAUUGACAAAUUGCAAUCAAAUGGCACCCCACAGGUGUUCCUAUUUUAUGUGCAAAAAUAAUUCGAAUGAGAAAUCAAUGUUUAGUUUCCCUUGCAAUGAUGCUGAACGCUUAAAAGUGUGGCUCGAAAAUUGUGGUAAUAUAUCCAUUGCACAUUUGUCCAAAAAACGUUUAAGGUCCAGAUAUUUAUGCAUUGAUCAUUUUAAUAAAAAGUAUGUAAGAAACAAGACUGGUGUUAGAAAAAGACUGUGUCCUGAUGCUGUGCCGGCACAUUAUAAAAAUAUCGAUGUUCCAAACCGCUCACGCUCUCCUUCAUCAGGUAACAAGAAACUAUUGUCCUGCAAUGAGAGUCAACUGAAGAAACGGUUAAUAUGCGUCCGACAUUUCAAAAAGGAUAGCGUACACAAAGGAGCGACAAGAACUAGGCUGAUCGGUCCCGCAGUGCCGUUUCCUUACGUCGAAGAAGACGCCAAUCUUGAUCCCAUUGUGGAAACAAAACCAAAUCCUGCAUUGCUCUCCGUAGAAAUAGGUAAUUUAGAAAUACCUGUUCUGGAGAAUCAGAAGGUAAAAAAAGUACCAUACAAUUGUGAACCCCAACUUCAGCCACACACAGCUUUACUGGACUGUAAUGAAACAUUAAAAGUUACGCCUCCAAAAAAAUGUUACGAGUCCAAAAAGAAACGUAUCCAAUUACGCGAAUGCAUAAAGGAAGAUGUUCCACGUUUUAAAUUUGAGAACUAUUCAUCACACUCGGACACGGAAUCUGAUGAUGAAAAGGAUCCCGGGAAUAACGUAGGAGGCUCCCGAGAGUGUGAACGGAUCAGUAACACAGAUAACGGUACUGGCCAUCACCAAAAUCAUACCCAGAUGCAGCCUGGUGAUGCCCACACCGACAGCUCGGAACAAGCGACAACCUCGUACCCAGUGAUCGAUGAUGUCAUGGCGACCGUGGUGAUUGAUGACAUUACAAAUCCCUCGAGGCCUGUGAUGAGAACAAUCGAUGACUUGCUAACAAUGUGUCGGGUUGCGAUAAAGGAGAGAGACCACGAGAUAUCCAUCUUGAAGGAACAGGUGGAGGAAUUAACGAAAAAGAAUGUCCGAUUGCAAAAGACACUUGAUGAAAUAAAGAAAAAGGCAAAAAUCAAAGAUACAGAUUUAGAAUCAAACGAAGAAUCUUCGAAGGCAUCUGAAGAGUUUAAUGAAAAGCGCGAACGGAAACGGAGUAUAGAAAAAAGAGACAAUAACAAGGAUUCACUAGAGAAACAAGAUAGAAAUGAAAAUACAGUGAAUACAACUAAAGCUCCAAGUUGGAAGGCCAAAAGAAAACGGAAUGUUGAACACACAGAAUUAAAAACAAAUAUCAAAAUUGCUGAAAAAGAUACGAAUAAAACAGUCUCACAAGCGAACUAUAAUAAAGAUAAAGAAAUAAAAAAAGAAACAGAUUCAGACGAAUGUAACUCUGAGGACGAUUAUCUUGUUACUUUAACAGAAAAUGGAGUGCCAACAGAAAUGGAAGCCGAUACAGAUAAUGUGUCUGAUGAAACAAGUGAUGAUGGAGUCACGUCUACAGAUGGAUCUGAGAACAGCACUUCGAGUUAUGAAAAUCUUGAAACACAAGAGGAGAAAUUGUAUGGGCUAGAUACAUCUAACGUUGAAAACAAUACGAGACCGUUUGAGGUAUUUAUCAAAGAAGAAAUGUAUGAUGCAAAUACGGAUACUCGAUCUAUUUCAAUAACUAGAUUUAAUAGUUGAAAAUAAAGAAGUAGCCAGUA